GGAAUUCCAACCCUGCUGAUGGCUGCCGGGAGUUUCGAUGAUAUUUUAGCCAUAACAGGCUUCUCUACCUGUCUGGGCAUCGCCUUCUCAACAGGUUCUACAUGGAUGAACAUCCUCAAAGGUCUUCUAGAGGUGGUUGGAGGGAUCCUGGCUGGACUGAUCCUGGGUCUGUUCUUGUGCCUUUUCCCGAGCAACGACCAGGAGGACCUGGUUCUGAGGAGAACGCUCAUGUUGGUGGGUCUGUCCAUAUUCUCAGUCUUCUUCAGCCAUGCUGUUGGUUUUGCCGGAGCAGGUGGUCUUUGUACGUUAGUGUUGUCCUUCCUGGCUGCACUGGGAUGGAAGAGCGAGAAGGUGGCAGUGGCAGCGUUGGUGGGUCAGUCAUGGGAUGUGUUCCAGCCGCUCCUGUUUGGGUUGAUAGGAGCUGAAAUCGUCGUAACGUCCCUCAACCCGAGCACCGUGGGUUUGGGAAUGGCCUGCAUCCUGGUCGGUCUGCUGAUCCGUCUCCUGGUCACGUUCCUGCUGGUCCACUUUGGAGGUUUCAACCUGAAGGAGAAGGUCUUCAUCGCCGUGGCCUGGCUGCCUAAAGCCACAGUGCAGGCUGCCAUUGGCUCCAAGGCCCUGGACAUGGCGAGGGAGGAAGGAGACGAUGCCAUGGUGGCGUUUGGUCUGGACGUGCUAACAUUAGCCGUGUUAGCCAUUCUCACCACAGCUCCCGUUGGUGCUCUGGGUAUCGGACUGGCAGGACCUCGCCUUCUGGCUUGCCGGGUCACAGCAGAGGAGACUGAUGGGGAAGCUCCGCCUCCAAGCCAUAAUGCAUCCAAUCAAGAAAAGGCCAGCGUGACGUUGGAGAGCAAAUUGUGAAGCUGCUUCUGUCAGAUGUUGAAGAGACAACCCAGCAUGUAGCUGCAGAUCUAAUCUGGAUUCAUGUUUAAGUACAAAUCCUGGAUUUAUCCCCACUCCAUUUAGUCUGGUGGCUUUAAAUUAAAGCAUAUUGUCAAUAAAUGUUCUUUAUAUGAUUCUGUGGAGGUCCGUUCUUCUUGCAGAUGUCGUGUGUUUGAGCAGGUAAACAUGUCAGGAUCCUCCCACAAAUCCCAGUCUGCCCCAAUUAGUCAGAAUUAGUGACGAAAAAAGCAGCUGCUGUGGUUUUACAAGAUCCAUAGAUUAUUAAUCCAUGAAUCCACAAAGAGAAAAUAGAUAUGACUUCUCCCAAGUAUGUACA